AUGGGUGAAGUUCAGGACGUCAGAGAUGCGAGGAAGACCUUCAUCGCUCCAGCGAUAAAGCCUUUUGAGCACUAUGACUUUUCUCGAGCGAAAAUCUGUUGCAGCCUCACAUGGCUGGUGGCCAAAGCAUACGGGACAGACAGCAUCCCUGCAGACCUGCGGGAUCCCUUCUACACUGACCAGUAUGAGCAGGAGCACCUGAAGCCUCCAGUGGCCAGCCUCCUGCUCUCCGCAGACCUCUACUGCAGGGCCGGCAGCAUCAUCCUGAAGAGCGACUCCUCCAAACCGCUGCUGGGGCACGAUGCGGUCAUCCAGGCCCUGGCCCAACGGGGACUCUACGUCACUGACCAGGAGAGACUGGUCACUGAGAGGGACCUGCGGAAGAGACCUUUGCAAAUGAGUGCCCACCUUGCAAUGAUCGACACGCUGAUGAUGGCAUACACAGUGGAAACCAUUAGUGUGGAGAAAGUGAUGGCCUGCAUGAGUCAGUAUUCAUCAUCUUCCUGCAACACUGAGGCCGAAACACCAUAUGACACAGAGGAUGCCGUAACCACCUGGAUUAAUAAGGUGAAUGAGUAUCUUAAAGAUAUUGUGAUGAGGGAGCUGAGGAAGAAGGAAACCCAGAGUGCAGAGCCAGCCGGUAGUCCUCGGUCUCCAACCAAGUGGUACAUGAAGCUUGUGCCUGCUCGCUAUAGGAAGGAUCAGUCCUCAACCCAGACAGCUCCCUGGAUCCCCCCAGUGGACAACCUUCUUAAAGACAACACAGAUGGUUCAGCCCUGGGUGCACUGCUGCACUUCUUCUGUCCACAGCUGGUGUCUCUAGACGAUGUCUGUCUGAAGGAGAACAUGGCUCUCGCUGAUCGACUCUGCAACCUGCAGCUCGUUCAAGACUUCUGCAAAGACAACCUCAAUAGCUGCUGCCACUUCAGUCUGGAGGACAUGCUCUAUGCCUCCUCCACCAUCAAGAAUAACUACCUGGUGUUCAUGGCAGAGCUGUUCUGGUGGUUUGAGGUGGUCAAACCAUCUUUCGUGAAACCAAGAGUGCUGGACAAUGAAGUCACAGAUCCCUCUUCAUUGUUGAAGAACAUACAAGCAAUCCCCAUCUCCAAGGCAACUAAGAGAAGCUUCAUGGAGAGACCUCCAAGUCCUGAAAGACCCAGCUUACCACUCCGUCCCCAGCCUCGAAACUCAGGAGAGAUCAAGAGGUCUACCUCAAUGUCUUUUGUUGAUGGAAACCUUGGCACUUGGCCCAAAGAGAAAAGGUCUGGUCCUUAUGGAGUCUCUUUUGACAUUCCAUUUGAUAAAGAGGACUCUGCUCCUUCCCACAUUUCCUCCACACGUGGAAUGGUCAGGUCUGUCAGUACUGAUGAUGGAUCGGGUUUCAAAGUUCACCAAAUGCCCCGUGGAAUGAAGCGUAAUCUGUCCUUCCAGCCGGUGAAUGGCCAAAGUGUUGGCAUUAAAGAGGAGGGCUGUCCAGAGAGCCUAGCAGAUAUAGAGCCUGACAGGCAAUCUUUCCCCAACGGUCAUGGAAGUGUCAUGGGAGCGGCUCCCUCCAUGGAGGAGGCCCUCCAGAUAAUCCACAGCCCAAGUAGGCCACCCGUAGAGGGCAUCAACAAUGGUUUCUUUCUCCACAGUCAGGGCCAUGGAGUUGGGGUUGGCACCUUAGACCCGGUGUCAGAACUAGACACCAAAGAACAUUCGAGUACCACAGACACGGCAGAGGUCGACACCGGCGUUCAUAUCAGAACAGAAGACAUGCUGGAUGAAGAUUCCUCUCUGAAAGACUGCUCCGUGAACAUGGAGCUGGAUGUGGACUCACCAAGCCCGUGUCCGAGCAAUCAGAGCAAGUCCCCCUCGGGAGUGAAGAUGACCAGCUUUGCCGAGCAGAAGAUGAGAAAACUCAGUCCGUCCGCACCGGAUUCAGGCAGAGGCAGCAGCAGCUCUAUGAAGACCACCCCAGAGGGUUCUGAGUUUGGCCUUCCGUUGUCUGUGUCCUGGGCACCAACCCCGGAACAUAGCCCCGUCCGACAGCAGGCUGCUACACCCGUUACAGCUCAGGCCUCGCCAACUCCUGUCCAGCUUCCGCCGAACGAUCCUGCCCAGGUCAUGGCUACAGAGAUGGUGCACCUAAGGAUGAGGCUGGAGGAGAAGAGGAAAGCUAUAGAAGCACAGAAGAAGAAAGUGGAGGCUGCUUUCACAAGGCAUCGGCAAAAGAUGGGUCACUCGGCCUUCUUAAAUGUGGUGAAGAGGAAAGGCGACGGGGCGGCCAGUGCAGAAGAGGGGCGGAAAACCGAGGGGGAGGGAAAGUCGGCAAGCACAAGUCCCACCUUUAAAUUUGGAAGGAGCAAGGCGGACACACCUGACGGGGCAGAACAAAACAGCACGGCCUCCUGUUGGCAAAGCAAAACGCCAGGUGGCGGUGAGGAGGGUGGGCCAAGCCACGCACAGCCGACCGAAGUGGAUCUCUCGGAGUAUACGCGUUCCAUCGAGAAGCUCAACCACUCUCUGGCCUUCCUCCAGACGGAGAUGCAGCGUUUAGCUCAGCAGCAGGAAGUGAUCAUGGCCAUGCGGGGGCAACAACAUCAGCAGGCAUGGGUCAUCGCUCCUCCGCAUACAAACCCGUCGCCACAAAAACACACUCGAGGUGGAGCCGUCACCCGGUCGUCGGGGCCGUCCUCUCCUGUCGACUCGCCUUGCACCACCCACCGUUCGCCCACCAGCAUCAAACGAAAGUCUGCCUCCUUCCACUCCCGCAAUCCCCGCACCGUUCGGCCCAGCGAGCUCAAACUGGCCCCUUACAAUCGAGUCCUGACUGCCCCACAGUCUGUUGACAGCAUCCCACGCCUCCGUAGAUUUUCUCCUUGCCAGCCCUUAGUAAGCACCUUCAUUUACAUGGGGGAGAAGCCAGCAACUGCCAGCCCAGAGACACUAGCAGCAGACCAGUCUAAACACAAGGAGAUAGAUUCGCUCUUGUCCCCGGAGCAGGAAGUGGCAAGUAUAUGCGCAGCCAAAUCGCCCCCCAGCUCUCCCAACAAAAGAGAAGAAACCGAAGUGGAGACAAGUGACCAGACCCUUGAAAAAGAUGCCAAAUAUAAUCCGAAAAUCAAUUACGUGGAACCGCAAUACCAGAGAGAGCAAGUUCAGAAAUCAUUUACAGAACUCAAACCAGCCAUAGAGUCGUUCUUCCCUGAGGUGCUAGCCCACCCGGUGGUAGAAACCUUCACAGUGACACCCACAGAGAUCCCCUCACAGCCAGAACCCUUCUGUCAGGCCAAAAGCAGUUUGAUUGAGGUUCCUCUGACAGUCGUGAAGCCACUUGAGGACCUGACAAUCGAUGACGGCUCUGAGGCUGAGCAGGGAAACAUGGAGAGCAUGGACGACGAACAAACGAUUUGCCGUGGUUUCUUCUUCAAGGAGGAAGGAAAGGCAGAGGAGAACAUGGCACAGAAGAGGGCUGCACUAAUGGAGAAAAGGAUGAGAAGAGAGAAAGAGACCCAGCAGAAAAAGAUGCAGCUGGAGGCUGAGCAGGAGCAGAAGAAAGAGGAAGCUCGUCUGAAAGCAGAGGAGGAACGUAUAAGGAAGGAGGAAGAAAAGGCCAGGAAGGAGUUCAUCAAGCAGGAGUACCUUAGGAGAAAGCAGCUGAAGCUGAUGGAGGACAUGGACACUGUCAUCAAACCCCGACCAGCUGGUGGAGCCAAACAGAGGCGGGGCCGGCCCAAGUCUAUCUACCGUGACAGCAUGGACUCCCCCAAGACGCCCGUCAGAGCUGCCACAGUCUCCAGUUUGUCCCUCGCUUCCCUCAACCUGGGCGACAGCGACAGUGUUCAGUCUGAGAAGAGACCGCCGAGAAGUUCUAGUUUAGCCUCUAGCAGUCUCCUCUACUUUCUGAGCUCUCCUAAACUAAGAAGGAGAAGGCCCGACUCUGCAGACGGCUUCUUGUCCCCCAGUCGGUCCAGCAGCAAAAAUGGAGAAAAGGAUUGGGAAAAUGGAUCCACCACCUCAUCUGUUACAUCCAACACAGAGUAUACUGGGCCGAAGCUGUACAAGGAGCCCAGUGCCAAGUCUAACAAGCACAUCAUCCAAAACGCUCUGGCCCACUGCUGCCUCGCAGGCAAGGUCAACGAGGCGCAAAAGAACAAGAUCUUGGAGGAAAUGGAGAAGUCGGGGGCAAACAACUUCCUGGUUUUGUUCCGAGAUGCAGGUUGCCAGUUCCGCUCUCUCUACACCUACUGCCCGGAAAUGGAGGAGAUCAACAAGCUCGCAGGCAUCGGCCCGAAGAGCAUCACCCGCAAGAUGGUCGAUGGGCUCUACAAGUACAACUCAGACAAGAAGCAGUUCAGUCAGAUACCAGCCAAAACCAUGUCGGCCAGUGUGGACGCAGUGACCAUCCACAACCACCUGUGGCAAACCAAGAAGCCAGCCACCCCUAAAAAAGUAGUGCCUGCGCAGUCCUAA